UGCGUCUUCUGCUAGAACUCAGAGUCUCAGACAGCUAGGAAUUAGUUGAAGAUACCGGCAUUGUGAAAUAUUUGAAUUGAAAAUAAAGUGAACGAGUGAAAUUAAUCUAGAUAAUUGUGCUUAUUAAAAGUUUUCAUUGCUAGCUGAGGUUUCCACCAUGAGACGGAAUCUCCCUAAUCUGCUGAACUUGUACUUAAGAGUUGGGCCAAAACCUAAUUUUAUCCGAAUGAAAUACAAUGAUAGUUAUCAGCCUAUGGAAACAAAAACUAAAGUAACUGCAGUUAAAUCUAGGCACCCUUCAUCAGUUUAUCAUCUCCCAAUAGUAGACUCUGUUGUUCCAUCACCCUCACCACCAAUAGUCCAUGAACAACUGCCAGAUCUUUUAGCAGAAGAAAUAAAAUCUGCACAAUCCACUGAACAGCUUUUUGAAAUAGUGAUGAAAAAACAAAAAGUUCUUGAACAGAGUCACUUAACAAUGAUUUUUCGAUCAAUAUCCAUGUUUCGAAACCAAGACAGAACUGAUUUUCAUCCUGAUGCCAUAAAAAAAAAUGUAGGAUUCAUUAUGUUGUGUCGGCAACUCCAAAGAGUAGCUCCCAGUAUGGCAGACACAGAUGAUUUAAUUACCAGUCUCAAAGCACUGGUUUUUUGUGAAGUAACACCAGGCAGUUCCAUCAUUAAGACUGUUCUCCAUCUACUUAAGUCAAAAGUUAAUGAAAUGCCGAUCCAAAAAUUCUUUUUCAUUGGUAAUCUGCUAAGUAAAGUAAAAAGCCCCCUCGCCGAUGCAAUCAACAUAGCACUUCCAGUAGUAUUUCAAACCCAGUUGGAAACGCAACUCAAUUUAGAUGACGUCAGAAGCAUGUGUCAAUGCUUGCGUUAUGCAGUUGACCACAGAAUGCCGCUUUCUCAAAUUAAAUUCAUCGCCGACAGUUUAUUGCUGACUGAAUCUAUGAAAUGGGAAAUCAGUGAAAUUUCUAGUGUAGUUUUAUCUUUGAGUAAUCUUCGCAAUUUAUCUGAACAUGGCAUUUUACCUUUAUUGGAAAGCACAUUAAAUCGAUUGGCGAAAGCAGUGAAUCGUAUAGAGGUAUACGACUUGACUAGAUUGUGUUAUAAAAUGAGCAGUAAUUAUACUAAACUAAGUCGGUACUGGUACAACGAAGAAUUUUGCAAUGCAGUUGCUCGUCGAGUAUUGCAAGAGCAGUGGGACUUUACUUCGACUAGUAACGUUGGCCGAGCGUUUGCCGACUUAUUGUACGUGAAUUUUGAAUUCCUUGAAUAUUAUUCAAGUUUGAUGGACAGUAUUUCAAAUGUAAAGUUAAAAAUGCAUCCACGGUACAUUCUAGCACCGUUCGCGGAAGCAAAUUAUCAAUCGCCAACUUUAGGAAAAAUGGUCGAUUUCGUUGUAGCAUCCAGUCAACCAAUAAAGUUGCCAAUUCAAUGGUUAAGAUACGUCAUGGGCUGCGCAAUACUUGGCAUCUAUCCGCAAUCCUUAAUCAGUCAAAUUUUCGAAGAAUCUGUUCUCAAUUUACAUUUUUCAAACGAUCCAAAUUACCACGACUUCUUACAGCUUAAUGUUCUGAAUCGCUGCGUGCAAAUCGAAUGCCGUGAAUACGAAGGACCAUACCCUAGCCUUUCGUUGAUAAAACAAGCCCACCAAAAGAUGUAUGAUGGUUUCAAGAAAAAAGAAGAUGCGUUCUUUUCAGUAAAGAAAGCAUUACACACAGGGUUUGGAGGUGUUUCAUAUGUGGCAUCUGGAUUAUUUACUAAAUCUGGACAAUUCGUUGAACAUGUUGUAGCUAUGAGGCCUGGUGGGUACCCUGUGGCAAUCAAUUGUUCAACACCCGAUUCCGAUGCUGUGCGUUAUGUUGAAGAUUUAAACGGCACCAAUGGAUGUCAGAUUGUGUUGAUCAUAAUAUUCGAUUCGGGUGACUAUUCGGCAAAUGGAAGUCGUUUGCGAGGAGUAAAUCAACUGGAACUUCGUCUUCUUGAACGUGAAGGAUAUGUUGUUGUUCCAAUUAACUUUAGUGAAUGGGAAUCCCUACAGGAUUACGAAAAGAUACCUUUUGUAAUGCAACAAAUUCGAUUAAAAGAAAAAUUGAUUAGCUCAUAAGCAAUUUGUAAAUGUAGCUGUUACGGGUUAAUACAAAUUUGUAACGUA